CACAUGUUACUGCUCUUUGGCUGUGUGCGGUUUGGCAACUGCAGAGGAGAAGACACUGAUAGGGAAUUUAACAGCCAGAGGACUUGAUCACUUAACAGACAGAUAUUAAGAAAGCAACAAGGGGACACACAAGCAAAUAAAAAGGCACGCUUCAUGGCAGAGCGAUCGGCAAGAGGAGGAGAGACAUAAAGGCAGACAUACAAGCUUCUCAAUAGCUCUGUCAGAAUUAGCCCAGAUCUUAGAGGAAGGGAUUGUGUGGCCAUUCUUGCACCUCAGGACCUUUUGUCUUUGGACACUACGAUCUAGAGAACUGAGGAGUGACAGAGGGAAAAGUUUAACACACAGAUAUUGUUACCAUUGAAAUUAACAGCUAAGGGAAACCAGAGGCCAGCAGCCUUCCAGGUGGUAGGAAUAUAAAGAAGAAAAGAGUUUGAGCAGAGAGGACUUUGUUCAGAUCAUCUAGCACGAGGCCCUGUGAUACCUCACAGGCCUUCAAUCCGUUUGGACAGAGUUCGCUGAUAAGGAGUCUUCAUUGGAAUCUUGACUUUCAUUUUCUUUCUUUUGGUAAUUUUCAACUUCUGACUUCUAGUAGUGUUGUUAUUUAACUGGACACCUCAGGUUCUGCAUCAAAGCUUCAGCAGUAAAAGUUAUAUGUUUUAAAGGCCUCUCUCCAUUUGGCUCACGGGUGUCUGGGUUGCUGUGACAGGUUACGUCUGGCUAAGGCACACACACACUCUCUGUACUGUGAAGCUGGAAGAGUUUGUGUUGCACAUACUUGCACUGAGAAGACUGAGUGUGUGUGUGGUCUGAGGGACUCAGCUGGUCUGGGAAACUGAGUCAGAGAGGCAGUCGGUUCUUAGUGCUGUCUGCCAGCAGUAAGAGAAGACAAGUUCAUACUGCUGAGUGCUGCUCAGAGAAAGCGAGCGGAGCCAAGGGAUGAUGAUGACAAUGAAACGGACACUGUGCAGACUCUCCUGCUUGGUGACUCUGGUGGUGGAGCUGAGCUGGAUAAACGUGGGACACAGCAUGCACAGAGAGGUAGGAAGCAGGGUAAUGAAGCAGUGGGAAAGCAAAGUGCGGUCAGCCUCCAGCCUGGAUGAGUUGCUGAGGCUCGCAGACUUUCCCGACUGGAAGUUGUGGAAGUGUCGUCUGAGACUGCAGCAGCCAGAGGCCCAGACAGAGACCCUCUCUUCUCCGCCUUCAGUAGGGUCACACCGCUCUACGCGCUACGCUGGCGAAUCUUACAGCCUGGAGAUACUUAAAGCCAUAGAUGAAGAGUGGCAGCGGACUCAGUGUAUGCCAAGGGAAACAUGCGUUGACGUGGCCAAGGAGCUAGGCACCGACCCCUCAAUGUUCUUCAAGCCACCUUGUGUGUCCAUACACAGGUGCAGUGGUUGCUGCAAUCAAGAGGGCGUCACCUGCAGAAACACAACUGCUGUAUAUGUGAAUAAAACUGUCCUUAGUGUCAUUCCGUUCAAGUUUGUACCAGAACCUGUGCUAAUAAAAGUAGCUAAUCAUACAGAGUGCAGGUGCAUGGAGCCCGCCAUAAUACGACGUAAUGCUCAACCUCACAGGAGCAGUGGGUGCUCUCCAAUGGGCCAGCUGUCAGAGACAGAGGACUCCAGGAGACUUUGUGCCAGUGGGUUGAUCUGGGAUUGUUCCACUGACAGAUGCAUAUCUUACCCUUCCAGUACACCAGAGUUUCCAUUCAGUUCAUGGAUGCCCGAUUGUGAGAUAGAUGUGGAGCGCUGUGACUGUCUUCCCAAACCUGCACCAACUCUUCAACCAAGAGCGAUCCAUCGCUGCCAACUCAACUCUUCAAUCUGCGCCCACAAGCGUCAGCGUUUUGAUCAAGCCUCCUGCAAAUGCAAAUGGCCCAAGUAGAAGUCCACUGGGGAAAUAAAUUACGACAACCUGCUCGCCAAGGAUGUUUGGAGGCAGAGAGAAUAGGCUCAUAAUUUAUUUACAGUCCUAUUUAUGCUGAUCACUUUAACUAAUUAAGAUGAUAUUAACUCACAAGACCAUGUUAAUUGAUAAUUUUAACAUGUUUACGUUAUGUUUCAAUCAAUGUGUCAAGUUUAUGUUUUGUACAUUUGUUCUUUGUGCACUGAAUAUAUAGUUUACAUUAAAAGAUUAUUUUUAUAAUUUGAA